AUGUUCGGAAACCUCGAGCCGCUCACAGACGGGACGAUUGCUCCAGCCAAGCCAGAUAUCUACUACGGAGCGUGUCCCGAGGAGCUGUCUCUUCCUGUCCGCGACGAACUUGGCCAUCACCUCAUCCCAUCAACCAUGCAGGACAAGCCUCUCGCACCCAACUUCUCCUUGAGGCUAAAGGACCGGAUGGGGCCGUCUGAGUACCACAUGACCGAGGUGAAUGGGUACUAUAUGACCGGCAAUCGGGAGGGUUUUGCUCAAGGGGCCACUGCUGUUCGAAAUGUUCGAGACCUCGCCAAGCAACAUCGAGAACGUUUCAUACAAGCAGCGAACGCGAAAGCAUCACAGCGUGAGAGAACAACUACUCCAGCGGGCGCGGCAGAAUUCAUCGAAGACGAGGUCUCGACUCCUUUUGGAUCUACAAAUCAUUCACAUUCUGUCGCUUUGCAGGGCGCUGACUACGAACUCCAGCAUUCGAUCGCUGGAAGCCACUACGAUUCCGAGGACGAUGGCGGGGCAUAUCCUGUUCCUCACUAUCCAGAAGAUGAAAUUCAAGAGGCGAGCCCAACCGACGUGGCUCCCAGCGACGACCCCUCAAUGAGCUUUACCGCCAGCUCUACAUCAGGCUUCACCACGGACCGGAGCCAAUCCAAGCGGUCCAGACCAUCCGUCAGCCCGCCUUCAAAGGCUAGUGGGAGCCAUGAGUCGAAACGACGGACACGAUCAAGAACAGGAAGGCUGCAAGAUAGUCCCCAGCAGCCGACAAUGAUGGAGAAUAGCGUCGGUAGCAAAGGCUCACUCGAGGGGAAUGUUAGUGACGAAGGUGUGAGAGAGCGGUCGAGGUCUUACGGCCAAGGUGGUCGUGUUCCGUUCCUGAUCACCUCACCGGGCAGCACUGAAACCAUCGCUUUGGAAGGCCAGAAUAGCGGAGUGGGCUGGUGGAUCACGACCAGCGAUGAAGAGCGUGAGGUCUGCCUGCAUCUUUUUACCGAAAGGCCUGAAGCAGCUCAGUAA